AUGAAUUACUAGGGUUUAUAAAGUUUAGUAGAAGGAAAUUAAGAGCCAGAAAAUCAUCCUAAUAAAUUUGAAUUUGAUGCUUAUUCUACUAACGUAAGUGCCUUUGGCGAAUCUAUGAUUUAAAUUGAUGAAAUUAAUUAUCAUCAAAGAAUUAUACAAGAAGCUGAAGAGGACUUAAAUAUAGAAAGAAGAAAAGAUGUCAACUAAGAUAAUGAAAAAUAGAAAAUUGAAGUUUAAGUCUAUAAGGUUGAAUAGCAAAAGAGUUUUUCAGAAUUUGGAAACUAAAAACAUGAAAAAGUAGAUAAAAGUGUACAUAAAGGAUAUAGCAUGAGCCAUUUUGAUGAUAAAUUGCUGCAGUAACCCGUAAGAAAUAAAGAUCAUUGCAUUAAAUUGAAUAAAUAGAGACUGGAACAAAAAAAGUAGUUGUGGUUAAAUUCUAAAAAAUACUUAUUCAUAGAGUCUACUAAAGACUUGGAGACAUCAAUAUGGAAAAAGAAGGUGUUCAAUUGCAUAUUAAUUGAUUAUUAGAAUUUUAUUGAUAACCCAGACUAAAGAGCAGAUUUAAAGCAUUUUUUAGAAAAAGAAACAAUAAAGCAUAGAUCAAUAAAUGAAUGUCACUUAGCAUUUUUCUACAAGAAAAAUUAAAAAGAUUACCUCAUUUAACAACUGAAUAUUCUUAAAAAUUUGAAAUGGCUCUCAUCAAUUACAAUCAAUUUAAUUGGUAAGUAGCAAGAAGUAGGGAUAAAGGAAAAAGAAUUGUAUAAGGUAUACUUUAACAAGCUUAGUUUUAAAGAGUCAAGACAAAAUGAUUGUGAUGAAAUAGAUGAAGAAAUUGUAAGCCAUAUCAUUCAAUUGAUACAAUCGAAUUUUUAUGCUCUAAAGGAAAUAUAUAUUUCUUUGCCAGACAUUGAAGCUAAAGCUCUAGAUAGUUUGACUUAUUUUAUGAAUAAAGAAGGAUUCAAAAACAGAAAAAUAUGCCAUUUUGAAUUUCAGUCAUCUAGAAAUAUCGAUAAUUUCAUAGAUAAAUUGAGUAACAUACCUUCUAGCUUGAAAAAACUUUCACUUUAAUUCCACCAACUUGAAAACUAACAAUAAUAAAAGCUUUGCAACUAAUUGUAAUAUAUCGAUAUAACUAAUUUUAGACUAAGCAUAGGAGGAAAAAUUGAAGUGCCUAUUAAUGAAUUUUUUACUGUUUGCUAUUCUAAGUUAAAUACAUACAAAUUAACUUUUACAAAUCCAAUUAGUGCAUAAUAAUUUUCACUACUUUAAGAAAACUUUGGAAGUCUUCCUAAAUAAUUAAACAAAUUUCAUUUAGACUUAUAGGUUUAGGAUGAUAAUGAACUUAUUUUAGACCCAAUAUGCUUUAGUCAUAUCCCUAAAACUAUCUAGAAUAUAGGUAUCUCAAUACAUAACAACUUAAAUAAUAUUUAAACUCAAAACUUUGGUGCAAUCAUGACUCAGCUACCAAUUUAAACUCAGUCUCUAAAAAUUGAAUUUAAUGAUUGCGAUACUGAUAUUUUCGAUUAAUGUUUUUCAAUAGAAUAUGUUGAUUUAGAUAAAUUCGAGCUUUCAAUUUAGUAAAAUCUGUUCCCUGAGGAAUUUACUAGCUUCCUAAAGAAAAUUCCAAGUUCUACCUAUUAGAUGAAACUUAAAUUAAGAGAUUAUCACAUUUAUGACUGUGAAAAUAAAAACGAAUAUUUGUUAGUGCUCAGUUAGAUCCCAUAAAAAUUAAACUAUAUUAUAUUAGAUCUAGGGUUAUUGAACGAGCAGAAUGCAAACAUAUUAAAACAAAACAUCAAGUUUAUAAAAGCAGAUUUAAUUAUUAUUUUAGCAAAAUAUGCAAAUAAAGAAGCUAAAUCAAUAUUAUGCUCUAUUUCAAAAAGUCAUUCAACUGAAAUUAAAAUUCACUUCUACUGA